UUUUGGCUGCCCCUCUGACCCUAAUUGAAAAGUAAAUAGUGACCGCGAAUUAAGCAUUUUUCAUUCUGGUUUGCUUACCGCUCUCUAAACCUAAUACAAACCUGGACGAUUUUUCUUUUUCUAGCUUUCCACGAAAUCUAGAUCCGUCAGAUUUGAAAUAUGUUUGCGAGUUGGAUUGGAGGCACACAUUCAAGUCUAGCAUAUUGUAACGAAUGCCUGUUUAGCAUUGCUUUGGAGGCAUAUAUUCAAGUUUUCCGGACGCAUUUGGAUUCUUAUUUCUUUCUCUGGAUUUCCAGUUUUGAAUGCUCUUCAUUUUCUGAACUUUGGAAACUAAUUGCUACUAAUGGAGGAAGAAGCAGUUUUUAUGGGAACCUCAACAGAGGAGAUUAUGGAGAAUGUAAAUAGUACAAAGUCUGAAUUGAAGCGGGCUUUAAUUAGGUACUAGCAUUCUUGAUAGAGCCAGAGUGAAGGUAACUAUUGUUCCCCCUAUCUAAAUCAAGGUUAAUUUUGUUUUUGUUAAGUGUUGACUUGUUUACGGAGGUUAUUAUUAUUGUUUGGUUAUGGUUAUUAGAGAAUACUGGAUGGAAUUAUUCAUGCUGGUGAAUAACGGCAUGGAUGCAUUUUAUGAUUCAUCCAAAGUCGCUCAACUGUUAUUUGUUCUUUUAAUGCUUAGUAUUUAGGAUGUAUAAUGGUUGUGUGGUGUGUGAGCAGGUGCUGAGUGCUUAUGACUUUGAGCAGCAUGCUGAUGCCAAAACUAGGCAUGCACAUAAUCACAUGAACUUGGAGAAUGGAAAGCACUCAGAUAAAACCAACAAGGUAAAAUCAAUAUCCAGGUUGAAAACCAAGAAAAUGCAUUUAGUGAAACUUGACCAUAAGAUAAGUACACAAAAGAGAUAUAUGUAUAUAUAUAUAUUUUAAAGUUGAAACACUUGGAGAUCAUAGAAAAAGAAAUUAGGCAAACUAGGUGGUUUGAUGUUAUAUUUCUUCUUUGCUUCAACCUUUCUGCAACUCCGAUGUGGACUUGCUGCAGAACUUAACCGUUUGUUAAAACCUGAACAAUGGCAAAAAUAAAGUUGCUCUGUACUGUCUGGCAAAAAAUCAAAUUUUCAUUCUCUUUGGUUGGCAGUAUCUGUAUUAAUAUACCCGGUAUGGUAACUACACAUGAGAGGGCAGAAGCAUCUGCGUUGUUUUUUCUACUCUUGCAUGCGCUGCUUGAGUCAACCACUUACCUUCUUUGCUUGAACUUUACACGUGCCACCAGAUAUGGCGACAAUUAGCUUAAAUGUAAUUCCUGCCAUCUGAUAGAAUCUAUAUCAAUUCGUUUCUUUCCCAUUUGGAGUUAAUUUCGAUUAUUACACUUUUGUAAAUUUCCAUGUUAAUAUUCACAAGCAUUGGAUGUAUCGCAUAAGCUACUACUUACGCGUGGCAACUUGAUCCUAGAUAUUUCUCCUCACUGUCGGUCCUAGAUAACUUGCACUUGGCCGGUACAUAUACAAAUAAGGAGCCCUUUCGGAAUUGGAAAGGUAAUAACUUAUGCAGAAUGCUUUGAUUGAUUUAUGUAUGUUAGGUUUGUUCUAUCUCAUAUGGCUUAUUAUUUGUUUUUCUUUCUUGGGAGUUUGUGAAUAGAUUUGCGGUUUCAUUUCUUUUUAAUUGCCAAAAGUAAAAGAAACAAAAAGAUGAGAAUUCAAUUAGAGGAUUGCCAUUUUCCUUGAGGUUGCCUCUCUUUCUUCUAUAGGCAAUCAAGUCUAGUUAAGGAAAUAAAAACAAAAUUGAGGAAAAAUAUCUAGGAUCAAGUUGCCACGUGUACCUAGUAACUUAUGCGAUACCUCCAAUGCUUGAUUAUUAACAUGGCAAUUUACAACAGUGUAAUAAUCGAAAUUAACUCCAAAUGAGAAAGAAAUGAAUUGAUAUGGAUUCUAUAAUAUGGAAAGAAUUACAUUCAAGGUAACUGCCGUCAAAUUUGGUUGGCUCGUGUACGGUUUAAGCAAAGAAGGUAAGUGGCCCACUGAAGCAGCGCAUCCUUACCUUGAUUCUUUUUUCCCCAUUUUUUUGCAUUCUCAAUGUUUUGGAAGUGAGGAUGAAUUUUGCGAGUUAAAUAUUAAAUCUACCAUACCAGGCAUAUUAAUAUAUAGUGUCAACCUUCUUAAAGAGAAGGAAAAAUUGAAUUUUUGCCAGUCAGUACAGAACCUCUUUAGUUUUGCCAUUUUUUAGGUUUUAACAUGCGCUUAUGUCCUGCAGCUAGUCUUAAUCGGAGUUGCGGAAAGGUUAUAACAUCAAACCACCUAGUUUGCCUAAUAUAAAUUUUUGCGGAAAGGUAAACUGAUAUAAAUUUUUGGUGAUUUCUUUUUCUAUGAUCUCUCAUUGUUUCAACUUGAAAAAAAAAAUCAUUUCUGUCCUUAUCUUAUGGUCGGGUUUCAUUGAAUGCAUUUUCUUGGUUUUCACCCUAGAUAUGGAAUAUGGAUUUUACCUCGUUGUUUUUAUCUGGGUGCUUAGUGGAAUCAAAUCUGGCAUUUGAGCAUCACGUUUGCCUUUUCAAUUUAGUUCUCAUAUGAGUUGGUGGAUUGAAUUUUUUUCUGACUAAUUUUAUGGUUAAUUCCUCAAGGGGGCUGUUAUUAGGGCUAUCUACCUUCCUCAUAAGAUAGAUUGUUUGUUUCUUUUUCUUUUUCUUUUUCACACCUCACUGACAUUGUACCUUAAGACCUAACUCAGUCAUGAAACGGAAGGGAACUGCUGAUGCUGGCACGAAGAAAAGGGAUAAUUUCUUGCACCAGUCACUUUUUAUGCCAAAAGGACUUCCAGAUGGGGCUGAAUUGGCUUACUUUGUCAAAGGACAGAAAUUUAUCCAGAAGCUAAUUGAAGGGUACAAGCAGGGAAGUGGCAUAGUCUGUGGAUGUUGUGAGAGAGAGCUUAGCCCUUCACAGUUUGAAGCACAUGCUGGAAUGGCCGACAGAAGACAACCGUAUCGUCACGUCCGUACAUCUAAUGGGUUGACGCUUCAUGAUAUAGCCUUGUCAUUGUCAAAUGGACAACGCAUUACCACUGAUAUCGGUGGUGAUAUGUGUUCAAUAUGUGGAGAUUCUGGAGAUCUGCUUUUUUGUCAUGAAUGCUGUCAGGCUUUUCAUCCUGCUUGUUUGAAUUUAGGGCACCUUCCUGAAGGUGAUUGGCAUUGUGCAAAUUGUGCAGAUGAAAAUGGUCUUGGUAGAAAAGCUGUUUUAGGAAAAUCUUCAAGGAUAGCAAGACCAAUUGUGAUACGAUUGACAAGAGUUGUUAAAGCACCAGAAUUUGAAAUUGGUGGUUGUGCAAUUUGCAGGGAGUAUGACUUCAGUUCUACUACCUUCGAUGAUCGGACAAUUAUUUUUUGUGACCAAUGUGAGAAGGAGUUCCAUGUUGGAUGCCUGCGUGAUAGUGGACAAUGUGAUUUGAAAGAAGUUCCCAAGGAUAAAUGGUUCUGUUGUGAUGACUGCAAAAGGAUUUAUGGGGCCCUCCAGAGUUCUGUUUCCAACGGGGUGCAGAUAAUUCCUACUUCAUUCUCAAAUGUAAUCAGAAGAAGGCAUUUAGAAAAAGGAUUAUUUAUUGAUGAAGCCACAGAUUGUGUUCAAUGGUGUAUACUAAGUGGAAAAAGCCAUUAUCCUGAAGAUCUGCCAUUACUUUCAAGUGCAGCUGCAAUAUUUCAAGAAUGCUUUGAUCCCAUUGUUGCAAAGUCUGGUUGUGAUUUGAUUCCUGCGAUGGUCUAUGGGAGAAGUAUAUCUGGGCAAGAGUUUGGUGGAAUGUAUUGUGUGGUUUUGAUUGUCAGGUCUGUUGUUGUAUCAGCUGGUCUUCUUAGGAUAUUUGGUCGGGAGAUUGCUGAACUCCCUAUGGUAGGGACAACUAGAGAACAUCAAGGAAAACUGAGGAAGCUUUGUCAAUUUGGACAGAGAAGUUUGGGUUUAAAAAGAUGAAAGAACAGCAAUUGAUGAAUUACCAAAAGCAGCUACAAGUGACAGUUUUCAAGGGAACGUCAGUGCUGGUGAAGAAGGUGCAGCAGAUUCCAAAUAACUCUGUUAAUCUCCCCGAUAACUUUCCAUCGGAAUAGCCAGCCAGGUUCAGCAAUGGCUUCAAACAUGACUUUUAAUUUGUCUUGUUGGGCUCUUGAACCCUUCGUGAAAUUUCCUUUGUGUUUUACAGAAUCAAACAAGCAUUGCAUGAUGACUUCUUAUUAUGCAUGCAUGCGGUAAACAGAAAACCUUUUCUUGACAUUUCAAAGGUUCUUGAAUAACAUAUUAUGCCUAAAA